ACCUAAUGUUGUGUCCGCCCGGAGAGACCUUUGUUUGUUUUUCCAGGAAAUCACGUCGCCUGCUGUCACGACGAAUUCGGGAGUCGAGUCGGGCGCGGGAGACUCCAGCACUCCGCCCACUACCGGCCAUCGCUACUGCGAGCUGGACGACUGCAAAGCAACACACGUCACUCCAGUCGUCUUCAGUGCAAAGCAGCUUCAGCAUGCCUCGUCGCGUGGCGGUGAUUGGAGGAGGUAGCUCGGGCCUGGCCUGCAUCAAGUGUUGCCUGGACGAGGGUCUGGAGCCCGUCUGCUUUGAAAGCAGUGAUGACAUCGGGGGCCUGUGGCGGUUCAAGGAGAACCCCGAGCCAGACAGGGCCAGCAUCUACCACUCCGUCAUCAUCAACACCUCCAAGGAGAUGAUGUGCUUCAGCGACUUCCCCAUCCCAGCCCACUUCCCCAACUACAUGCACAACACCCUCAUCAUGGACUACUUCCGCAUGUAUGCCGACCACUUCAAGCUCCACAAGCACAUCCGCUUGAAUACCAAAGUCUUGCAAGUGAAACCGAGGGCUGACUUUUCACGUUCUGGCCAGUGGGAUGUGGAGACCCAAAACCAGGAGGGCAAAAAGAGUAAACACAUCUUUGACGCCGUUAUGGUCUGCAUCGGACACCACUGCCACCCCAACCUGCCUCUCCACGACUUCCCAGGCCUCGACACAUUCCAGGGGCAGUACUUCCACAGUCGUGACUACAAGACAGCCGAGGAAUGGCGGAACAAGAAGGUGGUGGUGGUCGGGAUCGGGAACUCGGGGGGCGACAUAGCUGUGGAGCUCAGCAGGGUCACCAAGCAGCUUUACCUGAGCACCCGAAGGGGCGCUUGGGUGCUGAACAGAGUCGGAAAAAACGGCGUGCCUCGGGACUUGGCGGUCAACAGGGUGAUGUAUACGCUCUGGAAACUGCUUCCCUUUGGCGUGGUCUGCGGCUUGGGGGAGAGACAACUCAACCAGCGGUUUGAACACAGCCUGUAUAGUCUCAAGCCCAAGCACAGGUUGUUCAGCCAGCAUCCCACCGUGAGCGACGAGCUUCCCAACCGCAUCCUGUCGGGAACGGUGCAGGUCAAGCCCAACAUCCGCCGAUUUGACGGCUCCAGCGUGGAGUUUGACGACGGCACCGUGGUGGACGAAGUGGAUUUGGUGGUGUUUGCCACAGGCUACAGGUUUUCCUUCCCAUUUCUUCCUCCGAAUGUGAUCUCCAUUUCGGACAACAAGGCGCCGCUGUACAAAUACGUGUUCCCCCCGGAGCUGGAACGCCACACCCUGGCCGUCGUUGGGCUGGUGCAGCCUCUGGGGGCCAUUAUGCCCAUUUCUGAGAUGCAGGCCCGAUGGGCCACCAGGGUCUUUAAAGGAUGCGUCAAGCUUCCUGCAAUGGCUGACAUGCAGGAUGACAUCAAGUGGAAGCAGGACGCCAUGGCCAACAGGUAUGUGAGAAGUCAGAGACACACCAUUCAAGUGGAUUAUGCAAACUACAUGGACGAGAUAGCGGUGCUGGUGGGAGUGCGGCCCAAUAUCCUCCGACUAUUGCUAACCGACCCCAGGCUUGGCCUGGACCUGCUCUUCGGCCCCGUCACCCCGUACCAGUACCGUCUGCGGGGACCCGGCAAAUGGGCUGGAGCCCGUCAAGCCAUACUAACCCAGUGGGACCGGGUCGCCCAGCCCAUGCAGACCCGACCGUGCGAGCGGCCCAAAGCCAAACGCUCUAUGAUGUGGCCGCUCAUGGUGUCGGUCGGCGUGGGUGUGGCCGCGUAUGUGAACAGGAGCAACUUGGCCGCUUUGCUGCAACACCCCGUUGCGCUUUUGGAGCGGGUCAAAGUACACCCAUCAGUAAUGAGAUUGUGAAAUGAAUAUGAGAGCUGACACACAUUUAAGUCAAAUUCUAAUGCACUAUUAGGUCGUAAAAAGGAACUAACGCUUGAAAAGUUGUUGUAAUUUCAUACUCACUGUGUUGUUUAUUUGGGUCUGUAUAAGUUGAUGUUUUGGCAAUAAAUUGUACAUUUUGAAUAUA